AACAGUGCAAACUAACAAGAAAAAUAAAUUUAAAAAACAGUGCCAAUUUCAAAAGUAACUAAAAACGCAGAUCAGCAAAUCCACAAAGUCAACAGAAACUUUAAAUAAUCGCAGUCAAUAACAAAAGGAGCAGCAACUUUUGGCGGGAUUCUUAACUGAUCGCGAGACUUUCGCGACUACUUCAACCUUUUCUGGGGCUGGCUGGCGGAGACCUUGAAGCUUUGAGCUUGAUCUUGAGGAAAAAUCCGGAAAAGCCGCAACGCUGCAACUUCACAACGACCUGCUUUACCCAAUGAUGGACGGCUUUGCCCAGGACUGGCCCACGCUGACCCACACAGACAAUGGCCUGGGUUCGGCCAUGGAUCAGCUGGGAGUGGGCGUGGUCGGUGGUGUAGGUGUGGGGGAUUUACCCGGGGAUGUGGGCUUUGAGCCACAAACUCGUGCCAGAUCCAACACAUGGCCAUGUCCGCGUCCAGAGAACUUUGUGGAGCCCGCAGAUGAGUUGGAUAGCACAAAGGCCAGUAAUCAACAGUUGGCUGCCGGAGAUUCACAGCAGGCUAUACAGAAUGCGAAUGCGGCCAAAAAGAACUCAUCGCGUCGAAAUGCUUGGGGAAAUCUCUCCUACGCGGAUCUCAUCACGCAUGCCAUUGGCUCGGCCACCGAUAAACGACUGACUCUGAGCCAGAUCUAUGAGUGGAUGGUCCAGAAUGUGCCAUACUUUAAGGACAAGGGUGAUUCGAAUAGCAGUGCCGGAUGGAAGAACUCCAUUCGUCACAAUCUGUCGCUGCACAAUCGCUUUAUGAGAGUGCAGAAUGAGGGCACUGGGAAAUCCUCCUGGUGGAUGCUCAAUCCAGAGGCCAAACCUGGAAAAUCGGUUCGUCGUCGUGCCGCCUCCAUGGAGACAUCGCGGUAUGAGAAGCGACGUGGACGGGCCAAGAAGCGAGUGGAGGCACUGCGUCAAGCUGGUGUUGUUGGCUUAAACGAUGCCACGCCCUCGCCAAGUAGCAGUGUAUCCGAGGGAUUGGAUCACUUCCCAGAGAGUCCUCUGCACAGUGGGAGCGGCUUCCAGUUAUCACCCGAUUUCCGGCAGCGCGCCUCCUCCAAUGCCAGUUCCUGCGGACGCCUGAGUCCGAUCCGUGCCCAGGAUCUCGAGCCCGAUUGGGGCUUCCCAGUUGAUUACCAGAACACAACGAUGACCCAGGCCCAUGCCCAGGCGCUGGAGGAGCUAACCGGGUCCAUAGCGGACGAGCUGACGCUGUGCACCCAACAGCAGCAGCAGCAACAGCAAGGGUUCAGUGCCGCCUCCGGUUUGCCCACGCAGCCACCCCCGCCGCCCUAUCAGCCGCCGCAGCAUCAGCAGCAGGCGCAACAGCAACAGCAGCAGCAGCAACAGUCGCAGUACGCCCUCAAUGGCCCCGCCCUCAAUGCCAGUGGCUAUAAUACGUUGCAGCCACAAUCGCAGUGCCUGUUGCAUCGCUCCCUCAACUGCAGUUGUCUGCAUAAUGCAAGAGAUGGACUGUCACCGAACUCAGUGACCACCACAAUGUCGCCCGCCUAUCCAAACAGCGAGCCCUCCUCGGACUCCCUGAAUACGUACAGUAAUGUGGUGCUGGAUGGACCCACGGAUGCUGGAUCGCUUCUUGUCCAGCAGCAGCAACAGCAGCAGCAGCAGCAGCUGGAAGAUAAUAACUGCGCCUCUACUUUGAUAGGACAAUGCCUGGAGGUGCUCAAUAAUGAGGCGCAGCCGAUAGACGAAUUUAAUCUGGAGAACUUUCCAGUGGGGAAUCUGGAGUGCAAUGUCGAGGAGCUGCUGCAGCAGGAGAUGAGCUAUGGUGGCCUGCUGGACAUCAACAUACCCUUGGCCACUGUGAACACCAACCUGGUUAGCAACAGUGUUGGCGGUGGUUCGACCAUUAGCAACCUCAGCAACCUCAGCGGUCUCUGCAAUCUGAGCAGCAAUGCCGGCAGCAAUCCCAGUCUGAAUCAGUUGCAGGCACAGCUCCAACAGCAGCAGCAACAGCAGCAGCAACUGCAACAGCAGCAGCAACAGCAACAGCAACAGCAGCAGCAACUGCAACAGCAGCAACAACUGCUGCUAAAUAACAACAAUAAUAAUAGCAGCAGCAGCAGCAGCAGUCUGGAAUUGGUGACACAAGCGGCCAGCACAAAUCUAAACACACGGGUGCAGUACUCGCAGCCCAGUGUGGUCACCUCGCCACCGUCCUGGGUGCACUAGAUCCGCUACCAGGAUCCCAGGAUCUCCAGGAUGAUCCAUAGUCGUUAGGUAACCUGUGUGUGAGCGAGUGUGUGUUGUUUGUGUCGCCAAUGGAACGCUUUAAAACGCUAAUUCUAAGGACAAUAGUGUAAAGUGAAAGCAAAAGGAAGCAAAGUCGCCGCAACAGCAGCUGCUGGAUCAGUGAGCAGGAUGGGAAGGCUGGAGCCGCAGCUGGAUAGCCACUAAAAAGUUUACAAAGAUAAAUCUGGUCGCUUCUAAUUUAACAUACAUACAAUACAUAUACAUAGAUAUAUAAAUACAAAUAUAUAUAUAAAUAUAUAUAUAUAAUAUGCAUUACAAAUAGAAAACGAAGCAUACAAAUAAUACCAAUUAAUCACCAAUAAUUAGAUGCUACCAUCAUUAGUAAAAUUCUCUGUUGUGGCAAUGCUAUAAAAAAAGGAAAAGGAAAACUUAAAAAAAAGCAACAAGCAAAAUUGUCAGCUAGCGAGGGAAAACUUUGAAUUGAAAAGAAAACACGGUUUAGUCAUUAAGUUCAACUUUGUACAUAUUAAUUUUAAUAACCUUGACGUAAUGCAACAACCAACAAAUAAUAAUAAUAAUUAUAACAAUAAUAAUAACACUACCUUGGAUAAUGAUAACAAAAAACACAAAAACAAACGUAAAACGUAAACUAAAUGUUCGGACAACUAAAUGGAAAACUAUAUUCAUUCGUCAAGCUAUCAAGGAAGGAAAAUAAGAAAUAAUACAAGAGAAACAACAACAAACAAGAAAUUAGCACA